CACAAAUCUAUAACUCUUUUUUAAAAAAAAAUAUUGAAGGUUCUAUAGUGAUGAAUGGCUACUUGGUGAUCAAUCUAGAAUUGCUCCUCAUAGAGAUGGUGAAGUAUCUCGAGAGAGAAUGAAGUGCUUUCGUAGAUUAUUUGCACUUAACGAUGAUGUUGGUAAAGUGAUGGAAGAAUAUGCUCAAUUCUCUAUGAAGAGUGGACCUUUUGAGGAUUUAACUUGUAUCGCAAGGAUGCAUUCUAUGGAUCCUAAGAGUUGGUGGGUAAACAUUGGAGCUCAAACUCCUCUCCUCCAAUCUUUGGCAUUUAAAGUGCUUGGGCAACCUACUUCAUCAUCUUGUAGUGAACGAAAUUGGAGUACAUAUGCCUUCAUUCACUCACUUAGGAGGAAUAAGCUAAAUCCAAGUCGUGCCCAAGAUUUGGUUUUCAUUCACAACAAUCUUCGCCUUUUAUCAAGGAAUUCCGAAGAAUAUGCGGAGCUUUAUACAAAGAUGUGGGAUGUUGGUGGAGAUGCAUUUGAUUCCUUGGAGGAUGUUGGGUUUCUAGAGUUUGCGGAACUCUCACUAGAUGAGCCGGAUUUAGAAAAUGUGUUGCUCGUUGAAGAUUGAUGUGCUUUGUCUAAGUUUUAUCUAUUAUAAGACAUUAAAUUUAGUUAUUGUGUUUUUGUUAUUUUGAACUUUGAACUAUUUAUUGUGUUUUUGUUAUUUUGAACUAUUUUUAUGUAUGGAUGUUUAAUUUAGCUAAAUUCUUGUUUUUUUUUUUUUUUUUUGCCGAAUCCAUGCCGUACCCGUUUUUUGCAUUUUUUAUUUUG